ACCAUGUGACAACAUUGAAUAGAGUCGAGAAACUAAAGCACCUGUGGCUCAAUACCUGAAAAUUGUUUAAAAGUGUCAGUUCUUGGAGCCCAAGGUGCUCUGGGUAUUUCACUGUCAUUUGCCAUCUUGUUUUCUCUUCUUAGUUACAUUGCUCAACUUCCAUUCUGUGCAUGGAAGUGAGCAUGUCAGUGCCUCAAAGCAGUAUCUUGUUAAUGCAAAAUACAGUUUUAAAGUAGUAAACACACGUGGUAAGACAAAUAAAUUAUUAUGCAUCAGCAGUAUUUAAAAAUGAACAGAAAUUAUAUUUUGAAAAUUCCAACUCAGUAAUAUUGUGAAUAGAUAAAUACAUUUGAGAAUAAAAUGCAUGAAAACCAAACUUUUCCUUCAUUUACAUGGAAAGAUCAGAUUUCAGAAUUCCUUAUUUCCCACUACAACAGGCAUUGAUGUUUCAGCUUCCUUGCUCAGAUUUAGGUGUCUGCUUAUGUCUUCAAUAGUGGUGGGGGAAAUAAAGUACUUUGAUCUCAGGACUUGUUAGGGGAGGGAGGGAAGUAUUAUUUUUUUGGGAUUUUUAAAUGUGGUAUUGACAUUUCAACCCUACAAAUGUAGGGAUCAGUCCUGCUCUCAUGAAGGUUUAUGUGGGAAGAUCCAGUUGAUUAAGCAAAUAUGGAUUGGGACCAUAUUCCAAGUAGUUUGGCAAUUUAAAUAUUUUUUUACCAAAGCUUUUUAGGUCUUCUGUAAGUAAACUUCAUUUGAUCUCCAGAAUAAAGAACGUAGUGGAGCAGAGCAUCCUAAAAAAUCAAAUGAAAGGUGGAGAAGGGAAAUGAAAUAAUGCUAAGGAAGACAGGAAAGAAGGUGUGAGAAAUAACUUACAGAAGUAGAUAAGUACCUGUGGAUAUGCAGUGCACAGUAUUGCAGCACUUGCAGCUGCGGGCUCUGUUGUGGAAUACACUGGCAGUCAUCAAAACUGUUAAUAGUUGUACCAGUGUGAAAUGCACAAAGCUUUUGUAUAAAUUAUGCUUGAAGCGUCCUGAGAUGUGGCAUGUGUAAGGUAGAAAGAUUUCAAUAAGCCUGAUGUGAAGACAUCAGGGUAGGGAUUGAAAAGUGGUGGAGAUAAGGCAGAAAUUAAGGAUGACCUUUUGCAGAGUGCAGGGAGAAGCUGAUGAAGACGAGUUUUUUAACAAGCAUGGGAAUGAGAUGGUGGGAGAAGAGAAUAAUUUAUUUGUUCUUUCAUAUGACUUCAAAAUUGGAUGAAGUGAGCUGGCACGCAGUGGAGUCUGUGUUUUUGUCUCUUUUCAAGUGUUUCCAGUAAUGGGAGAAGAAUCCUAUGCUAACUUCCACACCAGUGCCAUCUGCUGCUGCUCUUGUGCCUGGGCUUAGUUUCCAAAAACUUGGAACUGACGUGAUCUUUGUUAUCCUAAUUUUAUUUGCUGUCCUAUAGUGUGAUUGCUACACUGAGUGUAAUGGGAUGUUCUAGAAGCCUGAAGGAAUGCUCAGGGUUAUGCUGCUGACUCAUGCUAGCUUGUGCUGGCAGCAAGACCAGGCAGGUCUUGUCAGCUUCAAUCCACCAUAUGCCCCACUCUGAGUCAGGGGGAUUAGGGGGCGAGAGGAGACAUUACAGGGAAAAAUCCUAGGAGGGAGCUCAGGCCAGGGUUUGGUUUAACUUGAAAUUAAGAAUAAAAGAAUAGGAAGAGGGAAGGUAGAGCGUGCGUGUGUGGGUGCUGUGUGCUGCCCUGUGUUAGGAGAAUAGGGAUUCAGGCUAUUCAUAAUGUUUGAUUAUAACCUCAUUGGGGCAGAGUUUGUCUUUAAAGUGUCACAUGCAAAUGGUACUGGGUAACUGAGCAUUUUUGGUGGGAGACUGUACUGAUAUUGUAGGUGAUUGUUAGUGGUACUGGUGUAGAACGGACUAAAAUUACAUGAUCCAAGUCAGUUUUUCGUUGCUGCUCUUAAAGUGCUUUUGUGGGACUUUCCUGCUUGGAGGAAUGCCAAAAUGAAUAUGUGGGAAGCCUUAAUACUUAUACAGUGCUUUUUACAUAUUCAAAGCUUUUUGCAAGUAUUAACUAAUCUUUGUUUAUGAUUUCUAAACCCAAUUUUGCUUUUGUAAAUGAGGCAUAAUAUGGAUCUGAUUAAAAAUGGCCCACUUUUUUGGAAUAACUGUUCACUUUGUCCUUGUAGUUAGAGUAAUCGUUUUGAUCCUAUAAACAUACAUUGCAUGUCAUUUUGUUCUCCUGAAGUUUACUGCAGCAUGGAAAAUAUUGUGUUGAGUGAGAGACAACAAUAAUCUGCAUAUGAUCUUUGUAUUUUAGGAUGAAGGCCACUGAAAUUUAAAUUGAAAGUUGAAUACGUUUCUUCCUCCCUUCCUCCCCUUUGCCUUAUUGUGGAAAGUGUUCAUUCCAAACAUAAUUCUGAAGCAUUUAUUAAGUGUCAUAUUGAUUAAUUUAAAAAUAAUUUGUAAAUUGAAAGUUAAUUUAAUUUUUAUAUAUAUUUACAGCAUGAGGUGUCUUCUAUAUAUAUUUUUCUUCAUGAGUUUUUAGUGGCAUGUGAUUUAUUGUAGAAGUUGUUUUCAGUUAAAGUUGCUCAAGGUAGGUUUAACUAGCAUGGUGAUCAAAGCGCCAAAAGCCAUUAGUCUUAUUUAUGGUAGGGCUCCUACCAGUGCUAACAACGGGAUUUUGUCCCCUAAAGUUCCAUAGGCCAUUUUGAAACUGUGUCUUGGAAUUAGUCUAGUUUAAAUCACUUCCUGAUUUUUCUGUCUUGCUUGUGCUGUUGAUUGACUGUAAACUACUGUAGUACUUUAAAUAGUGCUGUUCUGCAGCAGUAUAUUGCUGAUGACUUAAGUUUAAGACCAUAUGUAAUUGCUGGAAAUACAAACAGGUUUGCGCAUCUCUUCACGAAAGGUGACGACAUUCAGAAUGUUUCUCUAGGACUUUAAAAAAAGCAACAAAACAAAACAGCUAGUCUUCUGAAAACAAGAUGUUACAGCCUGAGAAGGCCCAGAAAAGAGACAAAGACCCAAACUAAGGAGGACAAGAAAAAUAGUGAAGAAAUCUUAAAAUGAUGUAGGAUUAAUGUUCUUGAGAAGAAUUGUCUUUUGUGAAAGGAAGAAAACGUGCUUGCGCACCGUAAACUGUUUUUUGAACAUAUUUCCAAUACAGUGGUGGUCCAGAAGAUGAUAAAGAAAUGAUAGCAGCUCCAGAAAUACCAAGUGAUUUUACUCUCCUUCAGGAGUCUGAAACACACUUUUCUUCUGAUACAGACUUUGAAGAUAUUGAAGGAAAAAAUCAAAAACAAGGCAAAGGAAAAACCUGUAAAAAAGGGAAAAAAGGCCCAGGAGAAAAGGGGAAAGGUGCAAACGGAGGAGGGAAACCUGCUGGUCCAAACCGGAUGAAUGGACAUCACCAACAGAAUGGUGUGGAAAACAUGAUGCUAUUUGAGGUUGUUAAAAUGGGCAAGAGUGCUAUGCAGUCUGUAGUGGAUGACUGGAUAGAGUCAUACAAACAUGACAGAGAUAUAGCGCUUCUUGACCUCAUCAACUUCUUUAUUCAGUGUUCAGGCUGCAAAGGAGUUGUUACAGCAGAGAUGUUUCGACAUAUGCAGAAUUCUGAAAUAAUCCGAAAAAUGACUGAAGAAUUUGAUGAGGAUAGUGGAGAUUAUCCACUUACCAUGGCUGGUCCUCAAUGGAAGAAGUUCAAAUCCAGUUUUUGUGAGUUCAUUGGAGUAUUGGUCCGACAGUGUCAAUAUAGUAUCAUAUAUGACGAAUAUAUGAUGGAUACAGUCAUUUCACUGCUUACAGGACUAUCGGACUCACAAGUCAGAGCAUUUCGACACACUAGCACACUGGCAGCUAUGAAGCUGAUGACUGCUUUAGUGAAUGUGGCAUUAAAUCUUAGCAUUAACAUGGACAAUACACAACGGCAAUAUGAAGCAGAGCGAAAUAAAAUAAUUGGAAAACGAGCUAAUGAUAGGCUGGAACUUUUGCUACAGAAGAGGAAGGAGCUUCAAGAAAAUCAGGAUGAAAUAGAAAACAUGAUGAAUGCAAUAUUUAAAGGUGUUUUUGUGCAUAGAUACCGAGAUGCAAUCGCUGAAAUACGAGCUAUCUGUAUUGAAGAGAUCGGAAUAUGGAUGAAAAUGUAUAGUGAUGCCUUUCUUAAUGACAGCUAUUUAAAAUAUGUAGGUUGGACUAUGCAUGAUAAGCAAGGGGAGGUAAGACUCAAAUGUCUUACUGCUUUGCAAGGACUUUACUAUAAUAAAGAACUUAAUUCCAAAUUGGAACUCUUCACCAGUCGAUUCAAGGAUAGAAUUGUGUCUAUGACUCUUGACAAAGAAUAUGAUGUUGCAGUCCAAGCAAUAAAAUUACUUACUCUUGUUUUACAGAGUAGUGAAGAAGUUCUGACUGCAGAAGACUGUGAAAAUGUCUAUCAUCUGGUUUACUCAGCUCACCGGCCAGUAGCAGUAGCUGCAGGGGAGUUUCUUUAUAAAAAGCUUUUCAGUCGCAGAGAGCCUGAAGAUGAUGGACUGCUUAAAAGGAGGGGGAGACAAGGUCCAAAUGCUAACCUUGUGAAGACUUUGGUGUUUUUCUUUUUGGAAAGUGAAUUACAUGAGCAUGCUGCUUAUCUUGUGGACAGCAUGUGGGACUGUGCAACAGAACUCUUGAAGGACUGGGAAUGUAUGAAUAGUCUUCUGUUGGAGGAGCCGCUCAAUGGAGAGGAGCCUUUAACUGAUAGACAGGAAAGUGCACUGAUUGAAAUAAUGCUGUGUACAAUUCGACAAGCAGCAGAAUGCCAUCCACCUGUGGGAAGAGGAACAGGGAAAAGGGUGCUGACAGCAAAAGAGAAGAAAACACAGUUGGAUGACAGGACAAGAAUUACAGAGCUUUUUGCAGUGGCACUUCCUCAGUUAUUAGCAAAAUAUUCUGUAGAUGCAGAAAAAGUGACCAACUUGUUGCAGCUGCCACAGUAUUUUGACUUGGAAAUCUAUACAACAGGACGAUUAGAAAAGCAUUUGGAUGCCUUAUUGCGACAGAUUCGGGAUAUUGUAGAGAAGCACACGGAUACGGAUGUUUUAGAAGCGUGUUCUAAAACAUACCAUGCACUCUGUAAUGAAGAAUUCACAAUCUUUAACAGAGUUGACAUUGCAAGAAGUCAGUUAAUAGAUGAGCUGGCAGACAAGUUUAACCGACUUCUGGAAGAUUUUCUGCAAGAGGGUGAGGAACCUGAUGAAGAUGAUGCUUAUCAAGUCUUGUCUACGUUAAAGAGAAUCACUGCUUUCCACAAUGCUCAUGACUUGUCAAGAUGGGACUUGUUUGGUUGCAACUACAAAUUAUUGAAAACUGGUAUUGAAAAUGGAGACAUGCCAGAACAGAUAGUUAUUCAUGCACUGCAGUGUACUCAUUAUGUAAUCCUUUGGCAGUUAGCAAAAAUUACUGAAAGCAGCUCCACAAAGGAGGACCUUCUACGUUUGAAGAAACAGAUGAGGGUAUUCUGUCAAAUCUGUCAGCACUAUCUGACCAACGUAAACACUGCUGUUAAAGAGCAGGCUUUCACUAUUCUGUGUGAUGUCUUGAUGAUCUUCAGCCAUCAGAUUAUGUCAGGAGGCCGUGACAUGUUAGAGCCACUUGUUUACACUCCUGAUUCUUCAUUACAGUCUGAACUGCUCAGCUUUAUUCUAGAUCAUGUCUUCAUUGACCAGGAUGAUGACAGCAAUAGUGCAGAUGGACAGCAGGAUGAUGAAGCUAGCAAGAUUGAAGCAUUGCACAAAAGAAGAAAUUUGCUUGCAGCUUUUUGUAAACUUAUUGUAUAUACUGUGGUUGAAAUGAAUACUGCUGCAGAUAUUUUCAAGCAAUAUAUGAAGUAUUACAAUGACUAUGGAGAUAUUAUCAAAGAAACAAUGAGUAAAACAAGACAGAUAGACAAAAUUCAGUGUGCGAAGACACUUAUUCUUAGUUUACAGCAGCUUUUCAAUGAGAUGAUACAAGAAAAUGGUUAUAAUUUUGACAGAUCAUCACCGACAUUUAGUGGUAUUAAGGAACUCGCUCGACGUUUUGCUUUAACAUUUGGACUUGAUCAACUGAAAACAAGAGAAGCUAUUGCCAUGUUACACAAAGAUGGCAUAGAGUUUGCUUUUAAAGAGCCUAAUCCACAAGGUGAGAGCCAUCCUCCUUUAAAUUUGGCAUUUCUUGAUAUUCUGAGUGAGUUCUCCUCCAAACUUCUCAGACAAGACAAAAGAACAGUGUAUGUUUACUUGGAGAAGUUCAUGACCUUUCAGAUGUCUCUACGAAGAGAAGAUGUGUGGCUUCCUCUCAUGUCUUAUAGGAACUCCUUACUAGCUGGAGGUGAUGAUGAUACUAUGUCAGUCAUUAGCGGAAUCAGCAGUCGAGGUUCUACAGUAAGGAAUAAGAAAACAAAACCAGCAACAGGGAAGCGGAAAAUACCUGAAGCUGAAGAAAGCAGUAGUAGUGACAGCAUGUGGUUGAACAGGGAGCAGACAAUGCACACACCAGUCAUGAUGCAAACGCCACAACUCACUUCUACAAUCAUGAGGGAGCCUAAGCGGUUGCGACCUGAAGAAAGUUACAUGGGUGUGUAUCCAAUGCAGCCUGAACACCAUCAAGCUCCACUUGAUUACAACACGCAAGUAACGUGGAUGUUGGCUCAAAGACAACAAGAAGAAGCAGCUAGGCAACAGCAGGAGAGGGCAGCGAUGAACUAUGUCAAACUGAGAACUAACUUGCAGCAUGCCAUUCGGCGUGGUACAAGCCUAAUGGAAGAUGAUGAGGAGCCGAUUGUUGAAGAUGUGAUGAUGUCAUCAGAAGGGCGAAUCGAAGACCUAAAUGAAGGCAUGGAUUUUGACACCAUGGACAUAGACUUGCCACCAUCAAAGAACAGGAGAGAGAGAACGGAGCUAAAACCAGAUUUCUUUGACCCUGCUUCAAUCAUGGACGAAUCAGUUCUUGGGGUGUCAAUGUUUUAAUACCAGAUCAGCAAAUAAAUCCGUGAUGAAGUCAUUUUCUAAGUGGAAGAGGAAGUUUUUAAAUACAAAAUUGUGGUAGAUACAGUGAAAUUCUGAACAGAUUUUUCUCUAAGGAGAAUGACAUGCUUUCAAGAUCAAGUGCAUUGAAGGGGCAGUUUUGUUUGCCUGAAAAAUGAAAUGUAAAGGACAAGUAAACAGUUUGAGGAUAAGCUACAGUUUUUGUUGAAAAACCAAUAUUUUAUGUGUUAGUUUAUUUCCGAAUCAUAAAAAGUAUUCCACAUUUGUUUUAAUCUAACAUUCUCAGAGGUGCUUGGUACAGAGUUGAGCUCCUCUUUUUAUACAUUUAUUGGGUGUACUAAAUCAUGAGCUCUGCUGGGUUUGUUUACGUACAUGAACUGAAAUGGCAGGUGGAUUGAUUUUCUAGAAUUGUAAAACCAGCAGAACUUUGGCAUUUUAAAUUAAAUGCUUAAACUGCAUCAAGAGAAGCUUUUUAAUUAAGAUAAUCAUGGAGAAAAGUAAACUUAAAUGCAGAAUGUUAUCAAUUUUUUCAUCUAAAAUAUUUUUCAAAUCCAAAAGUUUCAUUCUGUCCUUCUCAGAACUGCCAGAAAGUAACGUAACACAGUCAUGCUUGCCCCAUUAUCAACCCUGAAAGUUUGCUUGUCCUUUAAGAAAAAUGUAAUGUUGUGAAAUUCCUUCCAGUAGUGCCACUGUAUUUUGUCUCCAAAUAAAAGAAGCUUAUUGUAGUAUGUUUGCAGAAAAAUUCUAAACAAAAAUUAUACAGCUUAUUAGAGUGUGGGAAUAGGGAUCUAAAUUUUAAAUAAAAUUAUAUAUAUAUAUAAAUUGGUGCUGAUUUUAUAAUUGCGCAGUUUGUUUAGUUUUUUCUUACUUUUAAAUUCCAACUUAAAAUUAUGAGGUUUCAGAAAUAUAUUGAAAGUUUAACAAUGUUUAAAAAUAGAAAAGCAUGAGAAUUCAUGCUUUAAAAAUGAUUUUUAAAUUUGUAUUUUAUAUUGUUUUAUCUAUCUGUCUUUGCAAGCAGUCUUCAGGUUAAAGAUACUUCUAACAGGUUACAGUACAUUUCCUCUGUAUGUAAAUUAGAUUGGAUAAUAGAAAUUCAUAAACCACCCCAUAAUAUUCUUUGAAAGCUAAGCUUUAAACUUCAUUUUUUGUCCUUUCACAAAUAAAUUAAAUCAGUUUAAAACAGAAAGUGGAUCUGUGCCAUUUUGACAUCAACUUAUUUUGCAAGGCUUAGGCAGCUAGACAUCAUUUUAAAGGAAAUAUUAACUUAUAUUACAUAUGUAUAUUUUUUGUCAGUUGUCUCUCAGUUCUUGAGGUAUAUUAUUUUAAUCAUUCCAUGCCUUAAUACGCUUGCAAUACAAGAAUUUCCCCAAAUGGGUGAACACGAAAAGGCUUCCUGUUUUUAGAUUCAGAAAUUAAACAUUGGGCUGUGGUAGCCAAAAACCAUAGAUUAUCUAAAGGAUCAUGAUAAAAUGUAAUUAUUUUACUAAGUCAUGGGAUAACAGUAUACUCAAAACCAGAUCUGCCUAACUCAUUUUACAUAAAUAUUCUCAUUUCUAAAAGUACUGCCUAUAUUGUUUUUCACACCACUGCAUUUAAUAGAACUGCUGAGAGGACUGUAUAUAUGAUUUUAAACUUAAAUUGAUUUUUUCUUACUCUUGAACGAGUGUUUCUUUGUGAAAGCAGUUCUUACAGCUUUAUGUUUUCAACCAGCUAAAAUGUUUUAUAUAUUUACCUUAACCUGUUGUCCUCCACAUUCUAUUGUCCUAAUUGUACUGUUUUCUGAUUUGUAUUUAUGUCUUGAGACAGUAACUUUUUGAAUAAAAAUAAACCUACAGUAUGUUGUAUGUUUGAUCUUUUUAAAUCGGGGGUAGGGAAGGACGUUGAAAAAUAAAAGGAUGUGAGUGAUGCAAAUGUUAUGUUUAUAGAAAUUAAAUCUUUUUCCAUGUCUUUUAAGUGUUUGUCUCAGAGUUGAGAUAAUGUAUGGAAAACUGCACUGUUUUAUAUUUGUAAUAAAUUGUACAAGUUUUUAAAAUGUGAAUAAAGCACUAAUUGGGUUAAUAAUUUAAA